AUGGCCAAUGCGACUGCCUCAGAAGCAGCGACUGUCCGCACCAGCAAGCGAAAGCGCAACCAAGUUUCCUAUCUCGAUGACGAUCACUUCAGUCGGCUCAAUGACAUCGACGACGAGCCGGCUGUUCACGAGGACCAAGAUAUCGUGGAGGGAGAUCCCGAGGAUUUAGCGUUCGGCACCAAGAGAGGAGGCCGCGGCGUGAAGCGCCGUGCAGUCAAGAAAGCGAAGAAGCCCCCCACCAAAAAGAAGCAGAAGCAGAAGCCAUUCCGCUUCCUCGAUCUCCCCCCUGAGCUUCGCGACGAAAUCUACGAGCUGGCGCUAGUCGAGCCUAAGGGUCUCACCUUGGUAUCCAGAACGAAAUCCCACCGCCGCACCAUCGCUCGCGGAGCCAUCAGCGUGACCGACAGCAAGUACUACUACGGCAAGGCGCGGCGCCGAAGAUUCUACUGGCCACAGGACGAUUCCCAAAGCAGCAUCGAGAACCAUCGAGACCGACAGCUGAUCCCCAACCUCCUCGCAGUAAAUCAGCAAAUCCGAGACGAAGCGUCCACGUUCUUGUACAAACAAGAAAUCGUACUUGCCGAUACCACGGCACUGCUCCAAUUCAUCGCGACCAUAGGUUCUUACAACCGUAAACUGAUCAACGACAUCGUAGUUCGAGGCUGGGGCGGAGACCGCGGUGUGACUAGAGGUCACAACUUCAGCGCCCUCACCAGUCUCGCCGAAUGCACGAACCUGGACUCUCUAUACUUCGACUGCUCAGUAAGCCACAGCCUCCCGCGCCUCAAAGAGCAAAAGAAACUCGCCGGCCAGAUUUAUCGCGAUGGGCAUUUCUUCUUGGAGGCUUAUGCCACAGCCAACGGCCUCGAAGCCGCUCUCAAAGUCGUGCAGUUCGGAGACCGACAGUUUGCUAAGGAUAGAGGUGCCAAGAAGUUGGAAUUCGAUCAGAGUAAGCGUGAUGAGUUCGAGAAUGAGUUGGAGACGUUGAUGAAGAAGGGUGGGUUCAAGGUACGCAGUGAGAGCGAGUGA